AUGCAAAGACUCCAACUGUUGAGAGUAAAAGUAUUGCUGGGUGAGAAGCAAGGAGACGAAAUGUGGCAUCAUCUUUUUUCUUCUCAGACCUCCAUUCUGGAGAAGAGUCAGAACAGGGUCAUCGGGGAGCAGGUCACCCCAGCUCUGAUCUUUGCCAUCACAGUUGCUACAAUCGGCUCUUUCCAGUUUGGCUACAACACUGGGGUCAUCAAUGCUCCUGAGAUAGUGUUCUAUUACUCAACAGGAAUCUUCAAGGAUGCAGGUGUUGAAGAGCCCAUCUAUGCCACCAUCGGCGCGGGUGUGGUUAACACUGUCUUCACUGUAGUUUCUCUAUUUCUGGUGGAAAGGGCAGGAAGAAGGACUCUGCAUAUGAUAGGCCUUGGAGGGAUGGCUGUUUGUUCCAUGCUCAUGACUGUUUCUUUGUUAUUAAAGGAUGACUAUAAUGGGAUGAGCUUUGUCUGUAUUGGGGCUAUCUUGGUCUUUGUGGCCUUUUUUGAAAUUGGACCAGGUCCCAUUCCCUGGUUUAUUGUGGCCGAACUCUUCAGCCAGGGCCCCCGCCCAGCUGCGAUGGCAGUGGCCGGUUGCUCCAACUGGACCUCCAACUUCCUAGUCGGAUUGUUCUUCCCCUCUGCUGCUCACUAUUUAGGAGCCUACGUUUUUAUUAUCUUCACCGGCUUCCUCAUUACCUUCUUGGCCUUUACCUUCUUCAAAGUCCCUGAGACCCGUGGCAGGACUUUUGAGGAUAUUACACGGGCCUUUGAAGGGCAGGUGCAAGGUGCAAAUAGAUCUGGGAAGGAGGCCGUCAUGGAGAUGAACAGCAUCCAGCCUCCUAAGGAGACCACCACCAAUAUCUAA